UUUCGCUCUCUCAUUCCGUCUCCUGGCUUCCCACUUCAUCCGUUUUCAGAGGGAAAGGGGGCUGCUAUGGACCGCCGGGGGCUUCCGAAGAUCAACCUGGGGACAACCAUCAUGGCUGUGGAGUUUGAUGGAGGUGUUGUGGUGGGCUCCGACUCCCGAGUCUCUGCAGGGGAGUCCGUGGUGAACCGGGUCUUCAACAAGCUGGAGCCCCUCCAUGAGCGGAUUUACUGCGCACUCUCAGGAUCAGCGGCUGAUGCCCAGGCUAUUGCCGACACAGUGAACUAUCAAUUGGAGCUCCACAGCUUGAACAUGGACGAGCCUCCGUUGGUCCUGGCUGCAGCCACGUUGGUGAAAAAUAUCAGCUACAAGUACAAGGAGGAGCUCUCAGCUCACCUGAUGGUGGCCGGAUGGGACCCCAGGAGAGGUGGGCAGGUCUACGGGACACUCGGAGGGAUGCUCACCCGGCAGCCUUUUGCCAUUGGGGGAUCAGGGAGCACCUAUAUUUAUGGUUAUGUCGACUCGGCCUACAAACCCGGGAUGGACCAGGUGGAAUGCCGGCAGUUCACCAAAAAUGCCAUUGCCUUGGCCAUGGUUCGGGACGGGUCCAGUGGGGGAGUCAUUUACCUUGUCACCAUCACCAAAGACGGCGCCAAGGAGGAAGUGGUGGUGGGGGACAAGAUCCCCCAAUUUUACGAUGAAUGAAUUUGUUUCUUUUCCAAUAAAGGCUGCUAUGAUGGAA